AUGGCAUCGUAUAAUCUAACCGGUAAACUAGUAAUUGUCAUGCUCUUUAUUGGCGGAUUAUUUAGUAGUUCCAAGGAACAGCCUAUUUUUGAUGAGAAUUAUAGUGUUAAUUGGGGGUAUGAAAAUGUUGUGAAUAAUGGUUCAGAAGUUCAGAUCUUUUUAUCGAAUACGUCGGGUGCUGGGUUCGAAUCGAAGCGAGCUUAUGGAUCAGGAUUCUUUAGCGUCAGUUUAAAAUUGCCAGCAUAUGAUUCUGCAGGAGUUGUUACAGCAUAUUACUUGAGUUCAGGAGGUCACGAGCAAGACGAGCUAGACUUUGAAUUCUUGGGGAAUAGAGAAAAUAAACCAAUAACAUUGCAAACUAAUGUGUUUGUAAAUGGAUAUGGAGGUAGAGAACAUAGAAUUCAUCUUUGGUUUGAUCCAACUCUGGAUUUUCACACCUACAAGAUCCUUUGGAAUCAACAACACAUUGUGUUUUUUGUUGACAACAUACCAAUAAGAUAUUUCAAAAACAACAUAAAUAUUGGAGUAAGCUACCCAUCAAAACCAAUGAAGAUAGAAGCAAGUAUAUGGGAUGGAUCAAGUUGGGCAACUGAUGGAGGGAAGACCAAAAUAAUUUGGAGCCAUGCCCCAUUUAGGGCUUAUUUUACGGGCUUUAACAUUGAUGGAUGCCCUAUUAGUAAUGCUAGAUCAGCAAGUAUUGUGCCAUGCAACUCUCCCAAUUAUUGGUGGAACACCCAAAAAUAUUGGGAAUUAAAUUCUAGUGAACAAAAAGCUUAUGAAAUUGUUAAGCAUCAUUUUGUUACUUAUGAUUAUUGUAAUGAUAAAAAUAGGCAUCCUACCCCUCCUCCUGAGUGUUCCGAUCAAUAA